AUUGUAUGUUGCAUCAAUUAUAUAAAAAAUAAUGUUUUAAUUUGAACUAUUUUUCUUCAUGGGUUCUUGUAUGUCACACCUAUAGCCACUUCUCAAAAUCAAACCUACAUCAUCAAUAGAAUGAAAUAAACAAACAUAUCAAUGGUGCAUGCUUGCAUUAUUUUAGACAUACACUAAUUUCACACAAUUUCUAUCCACAAAAACAUAAGAACUUAUUAGCCAAUCAAAUCAAAAGGGACCUACAAAUUGAAUUUUGGAUCAAUAUUUGGGUUGUGUUUUUUGGUUCGCCAGCUAGCCCAUGUAUCCCUACAUAGUUGGUGCCUUCAAAUCUCACACUACACGAACCAACCUUCCUAAUAGCUCUUUGCAUUAACAUGCAACAACAAAAAAAUCCACAUCUAUAAGUACCUCAUCUUUCAAUCUUUCUUAAUCAUAUCUAACACUUAACAAACCUAUCUUGUGUUAUCUUCUAUAGAAAUAAAAAAUAUGGGAGUUUCGUCAAAUGGGCUUGUUGGCAAAUUGCUUGUGCUUAAUCUUGUUAUGGUGGUUGUUGUAUUGGUCAUGAGCUCAACCGCCUACGGUGCAGGAAACUUCCUCGAGGCAUUCGAGCCUACGUUUGGUGGCAAUAGGGUUCGAGUAUCUGGUCCACAAAAUACUCAACUCGCACUAACCUUAGAUAGGGGUUCUGGUUCUGGGUUUCGUUCUAAGAGGGAAUACUUAUUUGGGAGGAUUGAUAUGCAGAUUAAACUUGUUCCUGGUAACUCUGCCGGCACUGUUACUACCUUUUAUCUAUCAUCCGAUCAAAGGACAGGUAGACACGACGAGAUUGAUUUUGAGUUCUUAGGGAAUCUGAGUGGGCAACCUUACACCAUUCAUACCAAUGUCUUUAGUCAAGGACAAGGCAAUAGGGAGCAACAAUUUCACCUUUGGUUUGACCCAACCCAAAACUUCCAUACCUAUACCAUUCUUUGGAACCCACAACUCAUUAUGUUCAAGAUAGAUGAAACACCAUUAAGAGUAUUUAGAAACUACGAAAACGAAGGAAUAUCCUUCUUUCCAAAGGUACAACCCCAAAGAAUAUACGCAAGUCUUUGGAAUGCAGACGAUUGGGCAACACAAGGUGGUCGAGUGAAGACAGAUUGGUCUAAGGCACCCUUCUCAGCCACUUAUCGUAACUUCAACAUCGAUACCUCGCCCAAUGGUGCAUGGAGAACCCAUGAUCUUGAUGCCAAUGGUAGGAUGAAAUUGAGAUGGGUUCAAAAGAACUACAUGAUUUAUAACUAUUGUACCGAUUGGAACCGUUUCUCUCAAGCUUUACCUCCCGAAUGCAAGAAAUCAGGGGUUUAGAAAUUGGAACACCACCAACUAUUUGGAUACAUUACAUUGUAUUUACUAUUUAUUAUAUUAUAUAUUAUUGUGUGAAUUUGAGAUUUCUAUAUACAAGCAAUUAUAGAUAUUAGAUAAGCUGUAAUAUCAAAAUUAUAUUAUAUUUUGUUGUUUUUAAUAGCUACACUUAUUGAAGUGUAACUAUUAAAAAGAAACGAAGAAUGGUAUUAUGUUUCUAUUAAUUCGUCAAAGUAAUGUAUAUGUAUAAUUCUUAAGCGUCAUAUUGAUGUUCUAAUGAAAAAAUAUUUCAAUUUAUAACCGAUAAGAU